AUGAUCAGUGUCCCACAACUGCUCGCUGCCAUCAUGGGCGUUGGGGUGGCGCUGGGCGCAGGAGGAGCGAUGCUAGUGAUGUCGACCAGUAGGAAGAAGAGGUUAGUAUGCUGUGCAGACUAUGAUGAUGUGCGGGAAGUCCCGUCUCGAGGGACGGGAAAGGAUGACCCCAUUAAAGGGAAAUCCUAUGCUAUAGAUCCCUCAUCGCCUGAUAUUCGAAAGAUAACAAAGGCCUUCCGGUGGUACUCUCCCCAGUUUUCACCCAAAGAAGUGCCGAGGUUCUACGACCUGUCAAGUAUAACUGAGAACCCGACGGCUUUCCGAGAUGUGAUAGACAUUCUCGUCUCUCGAUACUCUGCUCCUUCGUCCAAGCCAACUCACGUUGUAGCCUUCGAUGCAAGGGGGUUUGCGAUCGGGGCACCUCUUGCUGUUCAACUGGGAGUUCCACUUGUGCUCCUGAGGAAAUCCUCCAAGAAUCCAGGGAUCCUCGUCCAGAGCGAAGGAUACACCAAGGAGUACAAGGAGGAUCAUGAUGAGCGCAUGUGCCUGCGUAUCGAUGCGCUGAAACCCGGGGACAGCGUCAUUCUUGUGGAUGAUCUGCUGGCUACAGGAGGGACUGUCACCGCAGGACUGGAGCUCGUCUGCAAUCUUGGGGCUACCGUCCUGGAAGUCUGCUGUAUCCUGAUCUUGUCAAGCUUCAACCCCGUCUCGCGUAUCCGAGCUUCGCACGACGGGAGGUUCAAAGACGUUUCAGUCUUCUCCAUCAUUGAGGACUCAUCCAUACCGCCCAUCAACUGUAGAGACCCUGUGAAUUGGAAGGAGCGCAGGAGGAUUAUCGACGGCGAGCGAACAGAUUUCAUCCGUUCUACUUACAACCUCUCAUAG